CCCGGGCCAGCUCUGCUCCAAGUAAAAAGCCCUAGACCCAAAGCGCCGAUUCGCUGGCAGCUUUCGGGCAUGGCUGGAGCUUGGAGUUCAGCUUCAAGUUUCGGACGGCUGCAGCUCUCUAAUGCUUCAUCAUCCUGUUUCCUGGAGCUCCUUCCAAGAAUCAUCCCAACAACAGAAUCCGCUCUCAAGCCACCUUCCAGCUCCCGCUUUCGCAGCAACCCCACAGAAUCCGUUCAGCCAGUCCAGCUUCGAGCACAACUACAGAAACAUAUGCAGCGUCCUCCUCUCUCUGACCCGCUCCAGGUCCCUCUCUAAGGGCCUCCAACUCCACGCCCACAUCGUCAAAUCUGGCCUUCAGUUGAUUCCUCUUCUUUCCCACAACCUCAUCAACUUCUACUCAAAAUCUCAACGCCCGUAUGAUUCCCUGCGAUGUUUUGAAGAGACCGCGGUGAAGUCAUCGACUACUUGGAGCUCCGUUAUAUCCUCGCUUGCCCAGAAUGAGCUUCCUUGGCUUGCCCUUGAAUUAUUUCGUCGAAUGCUCGGCGUUGGUGUUCGACCGGGACAUAUAUUUCCCAGCGCGACCAAAGCGUGCGCGAUUCUUUCGAGGUGUGAUGUUGGCCGAUCGGUGCAUUGUCUUGCUUUGAAAAGUGGGUUUGAGGACGAUGUGUUCGUGGGGAGUUCGGUUGUGGACAUGUACGCGAAAUGCGGGGAAAUUAGGGAUGCCCGGAAGACGUUCGACGGAAUGCCGGAGAGAAAUGUGGUUUCUUGGAGUGGGAUGAUAUAUGGGUAUACUCAGUUGGGUGAAGAUGAGGAGGCGAUGAAGCUGUUUAAGCAAGCUUUGUUGGAGGAUUUGGAGGUUAAUGAUUUCACGUUUUCUAGUGUUGUAAGGGUUUGUAGCGAUUCCACGCUUCUUGAAUUGGGGAAGCAAAUUCAUGGCUUGUCCUUCAAAACUAGCUAUGACUCUUCGAGCUUUGUGGGCAGCGCUCUGAUUUCUUUGUACUCCAAGUGUGGAGUUAUUGAAGAAGCUUAUCGGGUUUUCGAUGAGAUACCUGCUAGGAAUCUAGGCAUGUGGAAUGCAAUGCUGAUUGCCUGUGCUCAACAUUCACACACAAGCAAAGUGUUUGAAUUGUUCAAACAACUGCAAAAUGUUGGGUUGAAACCAAAUUUCAUCACUUUCUUAUCCAUGCUCUAUGCCUGCAGUCAUGGGGGAUUAGUUGAGCAGGGGAAGUAUUACUUUGGGCUAAUGAAGGAGUAUGGGAUUGAGCCGGGAGAUCAACAUUAUGCAUCUAUGGUGGACUUGCUUGGGCGUGCGGGGAAAUUGCAGGAUGCAGUUUCAAUUAUAAAGAAAAUGCCCAUGAAGCCAACAGAAUCUGUUUGGGGAGCUUUAUUAACUGGUUGUCGAAUUCAUGGGGACACAGAAUUAGCAGCUUAUGCAGCUGACAGGGUCUUCGAGUUAGGUUGCGUGAGCCCUGGGAUGCAAGUGCUGUUAUCUAAUGCGUAUGCUGCUGUGGGAAGAUAUGAUGAGGCUGCCAAGGCCAGGAAACUGCUGAGGGACCUGGGAGUGAAGAAGGAAACAGGUUUGAGUUGGGUUGAGGAGGGAAAUAAAGUUCAUACAUUUGCUGCUGGGGAUCGGUCACACUCCAAAUGUGUAGAAAUUUACCAGAAGUUGGAGGAAUUGGGUGAUGAAAUGGAGCAGGCUGGUUAUGUUGCUGACACCAGUUUUGUGCUACGAGAAGUGGAUAGCGUCGAGAAGAAUCAAGCAAUUAGGUUCCACAGUGAAAGACUGGCUAUUGCAUUUGGGCUCAUUACAUUUCCACCUGAUAGAUUGAUUAGAGUUAUGAAGAACUUGCGGGUGUGUGGUGAUUGUCACACUGCAAUAAAGUUCAUGUCCAAGUGCACUGGAAGAACGAUUAUCGUAAGAGACAACAAUAGAUUUCAUCGAUUCAAGGAUGGCAAAUGCUCCUGUGGUGAUUAUUGGUAAUUUCUAUCUCAAGAGUAUAUUCACUUGGAACAUCUUUCCUUUUGGUAUGGAUAGAUAGAAAACCCUUGCAUGCAGAAGCCGUUGAUGAUACAACUGUACCAAAAUCAUUUAAUUGAACAUGUUUUUGAUAAAGCAAGUCCAUGAAAAAAAUCUCUGCUUGUUGUCUGAAUUGUUAGCAUUGAGAUUUUGUGCAGGAUGGUAAAAAAAAAAAAAUCAUCCAGAAUCAGUCGUUUGGGAGACUUGUAGUUGCCAUAGAACAAUCUUGUUUUUUAUAAGUUGGCUGAAUCUCUUGGGCCAGAGUGUGUUAUGUUGUUAAGGCCCAAGCCCAACUAUUUAAUAUCUAAUCCCUUGAAGCCGAAUUAUUCAAAAUAAGGAUGUAAAUACUUGCAGACCCUAAUUUGAAAUGUUGAU